AUGUCCAGUGCUUUCAAGCGUCACUGGGAUCUCCCAAAGGAGAGUGUGGCGGAUGGGGCAUCUCAAGUCCAGAGGAGGGCGAUCAAGUCGGUCCAAUCCCACAAGUACCCGCUUCCAUCGACUGCCCAUAUUGGAGCUCAAGUCAAAAUUUAUGAGCCGCAACUCGCCGAGUCGUUGAGGACCACUGACUUGCGGCCGGCGUCGUUGGAUUCCACCGAGCAUGUCCCCGUUCCGACGAUCCAUGUCUUGUUCGCUCGGCCUAUCCCUUCCACUCUCGUUCCAAGGUCUUUCCCCGAUCAAUCAUUACUCCCUGACUUGGAAGUCGCGCGCGAAAAGCUAGUCUCUUGGAUUGCAGACGAAGGACUUUCUGGCGACAGACUGGCCGCAGACCACGCUUCUAAUCCCACACCGAAGCUUGUGGAUGUCCUGUCGCAUCUGGUUCCACUCUGCACAGUGUUACCCCUCUCCUUGGAUGCCAUCAACAGCACCAGUUUCUUCCCCGAGUCCAAAGAUGAGGACCUUCAUAGUGGACGCCUUCAGCUUCCAAAGGGCUCGUUAUGUAUGGUUUCAGAGCUCCCCUUGAAUGAAGGGACGGUGUCAGAGCGAGGCCUCUUAAACCUGAAGCAGGUCCAAGAUAUGAUAAAUCAUCAGACCUUGGACUACGUCUUCCCUUUCAGCCGUUACUCUUUUGAAACCGACAUCAAUUUCAUCGUCCUUGCGGCGGGGAAGCGGAGCGCAUUCUUCACGACCCAUCUCCAGGUUCCAGUCCAGGCUGCACAAAGCCGGGCAUCCUCUGAGGCGCAAUCGAGCGACUCGAGCUCUACGAUUCAAUUGCCAGCGCCUGAACUUUUGAAUCAAUUUCGGAAACUCGUCGGAGGGGCAAAACUCGCAAACGUCGGAUUGGACAGUUCCACGGCCGCGUUCAUACAAGAUGACUUUGUGAAGGAGCGCCAGUCGGCACAGUCGAAUAAGAAUGCUGGGAAGGGCGAGGGAAUAGUCACGUCGGAUGACUUAAUCAUUCGAAUGAUGGUGGCCAAAGCGUUGGCGGCCUCGUUGCACAGCGGUGAGGUUACGCCUCAGAUAUGGGAGCGUGCCAAAGUACUGGAAAAUGAGCGGCAAGCCAGGAUGGGCUGA